CAGAACAGAAUGAGUUAUCAGAAGUUUUACACGAAUCCCAUCCACUCCAGCUCCCUGCUUUGUCAGCUGGCCUCGAUGUGGAAAAAUGAUAUAAUGUGUGACGCUGUCAUACGAGCCGGCACAGUCAACACAAAGGCUCAUAGAGUGGUUAUGAUGGCAGCAUGCCCUAUGCUGCAGUCGAUGGAGCAUGCAGCAUCAGGAUCCCAGCUAGAGAUUCGACUGUCCCCCGAUAUAAAGCAGCAGUCUGUACUGUCAUUCCUACAGUACCUAUACGAGGGCUUUAUUAUGAUAACAGAGGACAACUACAGAGAUAUUGAGAAGAUAGGGCGUCUCUUACAAGUGGACAGUGUUAUCAAGUGCUGCGCUGAUUUCUGUAAGAGUCUGGUGGACCAAGUUGGUACAUUGUCCAGCAGAGACCAGUACCGCUAUUCCUUCUGUGAUAUGAUUGAGUUCCGUCAUGUCCGCACCUCAGAAUUACACAGAACCAUGCCAGACACUCAGGUCAAAAGGUCACAUGAUCUGUCUCAUGAUUCGUAUGUGAAGAAAACUAAAAGAAGACACAACAGCAGUCAGAUGACAACCACCACAAGUAACUAUGGCAACAUAUCUGACCAGUCAAAGAGUCUCCAGGGUGGAGAUGUUCUACAGGACAGUUUAGAGCUGGUACAGACAGAGCCAGGAGAUAGGGGAGGAUCGUGUCUGAGUGUAGGGGUGGGGGUGGUCAGUCACAGUGAACCUAAUAAAGAGACCAGUGUCGUGACCCCCACGGAGGAGUGUUGUGACAGUGCUACUACAUGUACUCAGCCUUCAGUGACUUUAUACUCCUCUUCAGUGCAUUCUAGAACACCAGUUUCCUCCUCAGCUAAAACUCCUGCUACCUCCACUGCAACACCAAACAGUAAUGAGGAGACCCCUCCUCCAGAUAUCAGUGAACGAACUCUGGUGAGAGCUAGUGAUCAGGAGUCGGAGUCCUGUGGUCCCAAUAAAUACACAGGAUUAAAGUCACAAAGGUCAGAGUCUGGGAAUCAACUUGGUCUUGAUCUGAGCAUUGUUAAGGUGGAAUCUGGGACUGUAGACCAAGAGAGACACCAACUAUUGGAGCAAGAGCAGGUGGCUUCAGAGUACAGGGACACUGGUCAGCCACAGAGGUCAAAGUCAUCAGAGAUCAUGGACACAGGUCAACAGCUUAACACUAGAAGGUCAUCUGUCGAAUCAGCUCAGAGAAAGUUAGACAGUGACACUUCACAGAAUUUCAGGUGUAACUCUGGGAUACAAAGGCAUUCAGAUAAU